AUGGUUCAAACUACGGGAAAGGACGGUUUUCGCAUCUUGAUGUGUAGACCAACAUACUUUAAGGUUUUCUAUGCUAUUAACCCAUGGAUGAGUGUCACUAACCUUGUGGACGAACCCAAAGCAAAGAAACAAUGGGAUAUUGCUAAGGAGACAAUAGAAAAAUGUGGUGCUAAAGUAGUAGUGAUGGAGCCGGAUGAG